CCAAAGUAAAUUCAGCUAAACAUCUCUUGAAGUUGAAGUUUAUAACAAUCAUUUUUGGUUUUCAGAUAAGGUGAAAAAUUUCAGAGUAGGCGACUGACUACUACACAGGCAUGAGCACCCUCACUCUCUCUUCCGCUUCACCGAAGAUAGAGUUAAGAGGUGGUGGAAAUUCAUGGAGCCAGAGGCUUUCUGUUAACUCGAUGAUGAUGCCCCAAAUGCGAAAAGAGGUUCGUGGACGACAAAUCUGGAGGCGAAGGAAAUUGACGAAAAAGGAUCCAUAUCUUCCCGAAAAAAUUGAGCGUGUUCCUUUCCUUGAGGAGCAGGUGAGGAUGAUAAAGGAACAAGGAACGAUCUUGCAACUGGACAUAGAGAGGCUACUGCUAUCCGAAGAUAACAGGUAUGAUUUCGUGAAUGAGAUAGCUGCUGAGGCCAACUCUUAUGUUGAGAACAAUAUGGAUGAGUAUGGAGAUGAGAAGAAGGCCAUUCUUCAUGUUUUGAGCAACCGAAUGAAUGAUGCUGGAAUUUACCGACCAGAGGCAUAUGCUGUGCCUGAUCCCUUCAAGCCUGGGCCUCAUUAUUUGAGAGAAGAAUAUAGAUAAAAUGUUAUGCUAUGACAAAAUCAAAAGAAGAUGAAAUUAUUAUGCUGUGAUUGUAAACUAGAGAUAAGAAUAUAUAUUUUUUCUUCACAUUUCAUAAUUGAUGUCCGUCUUAAUUUGCUGC